CAUUUUUAAAUACAGUUCUUUUCUUUAGCCCUGAACAUUUUUCUUUGGCAAAGUAAUGCAAGACACAGACUAAAGGCUUAAGAGGAAAUGGAACGAAACAAAUCCCAUGCAUUUCAGGUUGUGCAGCUUGGCAACCAGGCAGCCAGCCUUCCCAGUGAACUGGCUCCGCCCAGCUGCUGCUCCGCAGUACCGGCUGGAACCGAGGCGGAAGUCGGUCAGGCUGCCUCUGCCCAAGGUGACGUGCUCUUAAUCUCCACUUGGACAUGGCAGCUGCUGAGUUUGCCGUCAGCGCCCUCGUGUCUGCGCUGCUCAUUUGCUCUGUGGCUAGUUACCCCAAUGGAAAAGUAGCAAUGUCCUGCGGUGGGAUGGCCCCCCAACAUGGCCACAGCCCACAGCCUGAGCCUGUUCACCAAAUCACAUUGAGUCAGACGAAGUUCAAACCUGGAGACCAGAUCCAAGUUACCUUAUCAGGGCCAACAUUUAAAGGCUUUCUCUUGGAAGCUCGAGAUGCUGAGGAUCUGAGUGGCCCUCCUGUUGGCUCCUUUACACUGAUAGACAGUGAGGUGUCACAGCUCCUGACUUGUGAAGAUGUCCAGGGUUUAGCUGUGAGUCAUACGUCUUCAUCCAAGAAGACCGAAAUCAGAGUCUACUGGAACGCUCCACACAGUGCCCCAAAUCAUGUACGAUUUCUAGCCACGGUUGUUGAGAAAUAUAAAAUCUACUGGGUGAAGAUUCCCAGUCAUGUCCUUUCGCAACCAAAUGCUCCUCCCUUUACGACGCCUACAGCGACAGCACAACCUUUGACAGCGUCACCUUCUGUCUCCCACUUACCCAAGUCGUUCAGUGCUUCCGAGUGUGGGAGCAAGAAGUUCUGUGUUCGGAGUCCUUUGGACUGUGACCCAGAGACCGAGCCUGCCUGCUUCUUCUUGUCCUUCACCAGAGAUGACCGGUCGGUGAUGGUGGAAAUGAGCGGUCCCAGUGAAGGCUACCUGUCGUUUGCGUUGUCCCGUGACCGGUGGAUGGGUGAUGACGAUGCUUACUUGUGUAUCCGCGAAGAUCAGACAGUGUAUAUACAGCCUUCCUAUUUGACAGGGCGAAGUUAUCCUGUGAUGGAAUCCAGGGGGACCCUCGAGGAUAUGGCCUGGAGGCUGGUGGAUGGUGUUUUACAGUGUUCAUUCAGAAGAAACAUCACCCUUCCUGGGGUUAAGAACAGAUUUGUGUUAAACGAAAGCUACUACAUCUUCCUAGCAGAAGGAGCCGCUCAUGACGGCCGAAUUUUUAAGCACCUUCAGCAACCUUUGAUAACGUACGAAAAAUAUGAUGUGACAGGCACUCCAAAGAAUGUAGGAGGAUCCCGCUCUUCACCCCUUUUAAAGGCGCAUGGUGCCUUAAUGUCUGUGGCGUGGAUGACCACAGUUAGCAUAGGUGUAUUGGUUGCCCGGUUCUUCAGAUCUGUGUGGUCCAAAGCCUUCUUCUUCGGUGAAGCAGCUUGGUUUCAGGUGCACCGGAUGCUCAUGCUCACCACAUCUGUGCUCACCUGCGUUGCUUUUGUUCUGCCUUUUGUGUACAGAGGAGGCUGGAGUCGGCGUGCAGGGUACCACCCAUACCUUGGCUGUACAGUGAUGACUUUGGCUGUCCUUCAACCUCUGCUAGCAACCUUCAGACCACCUUUACAUGACCCAAGGAGGCAGGUGUUUAACUGGACUCACUGGAGUGUAGGGACGGCGGCUAGAAUAAUAGCAGUGGCAGCAAUGUUCCUAGGAAUGGAUUUACCGGGGCUGAAUCUCCCCGGUCCACAGAAGACCUAUGCAAUGAUGGGUUUUGUGGUCUGGCACAUCGGGACGGAGGUGCUUCUGGAAAUACAUGCUUAUCGGCUCUCUCGAAAAGUGGAAAUACUGGACGAUGACAGAAUUCAGAUCCUCCAGUCACUAACUGUCGCCGAAGCAGAGGGUCAUGUUUUCAAGAAGGCAGUGUUGGCGAUUUACGUAUGUGGGAAUGUGACUUUCGUCAUGGUAUUCUUAUCUGCAAUCAACCAAGUAUGAGCAAGCGAAGACUGUUUUGUUUGUUUGUUUGUUUGUUUGUUGGUUGGUGGGCCUGAGUCAUAAUUAUCAAAACAAGGAGACCCGGGUUCAUGUUGACUACCUGGAAUAUGUUUUAAUUCAGAAGACCCAUGGGCACCGUGAGAGAUUUCCGGUCAGCAGAUUCUAUCCAGCUAGUCAUGCAACCUGUGCAUUGAUGUCAAUCAAGUCUUUUUGUGUGUUCUUCUGCAUCUUAAAAGGAACACUGUACUCGAGGUGACAUGACUGUCAACAUCCCACACCAGAUUUGAAAUCUAGUAAACUAGAAUGAUUAGCAAAUGAAGAUAAUUAUCUCAGGCAAAGGAUAAAUGGGGGUUGUGUCUUUGGGAGUGAGUUGGGUUUUGUGUAGCCCAGGCUGGUCUCCAAUUGACUGUGUAACCAAGGGUAACCCUGAACCUAUCCUCCUGCCUCUGCUUCCGGGUGUGGGAUUACAGGUGUGUGCCACUAUAUCUGGUCUUAAGGGGACUGUAACUUUCAUGGCAGUGCCACUGUGGGGACUGAAAAGAAAGCAUUGUGUUGACUAGUUUGUUCAGAGGUCUUAGAUUUUAAAAAAAAAUUGUUGCUACGUUUUGUUGUUUUUAUGAGCACACACGCACACCAAACAAAGUAAAUCUACAAGAACAAAACAUGUUUCCAGUCCAAGGUUGGGGACAUUUUCUUUGCUGUGUGCGUUCCAUUACUUCUGGUUAAAGGUGGAGGUGUGGUUGAUUUAUAUCUCGGUGUACAUUUCACUAGCUUUUCAUUAUAUUAUGAAUAUGAAAUUUUCUUUGUUAGCAGUGAGAUGCAAGAGUAGGCAUCUUCUGCUUAGAGAUACCAUUUCUUUUUUUCAACCGUGGAACUGAAACGACAUUUUGUUUGGUUUCAGCUCUAAGAUUAGUCCUUCUGGGAGAGAGAGAGAUCAAAGUCAUGGAUUUCACAUUUGCGAAAACUCAGCCUUGUGAGCGUGUCCGGCAGGUGUUCUCGUCUCUGGUGAAGAUGGAAUAACACGGAUGGGUUCCUUCCGAACCUCCCUGGUGCUCUAGGAAUUCAGCACUUGGCACAGCUGUUUUCCUUUCUCCUCAUUUGUCUCAGUGUUUGCUAUGAGGCCUUAUAGCCAGUGGGUGGCGCUGUGAUACCGGAGAACUCAUUUUCUCAGACCACUUUAAUCACUGUUUUUUUUUUUUUCCUUUUUUCUUUCUUUUUUUAAAAUGGGGGCUAUUUUCUUACACUCUACGGCUCUUAACUUUUUUUUUCUUUUCUUUUUGGGUUGGGGAAAUAGGUGCAAGAAACUUAAAUUAGUGACUGGUGCUAUUACAUUCUGACUUAAUUUUUUUUUUAAAUUAUUUUUAAUAACUGAUAUUUUCUUUUAUAUUCCUCCAACCCUGUAGCCAAUGAAGAUAAUUUUCUUAGGCAAGGGAAACAAGCAAAAUUGGACAUUUAAAAAAUAAAAUAAUGGGAGGGUAUAUUUUAUUUCUUUGGAUAUCCUUUCUAAUUAUUAUACAAUUUCUGCUUGGUCCCAGAAUGCUAUUUUUAUCUCUGAGUAAUGAAUGACCUCAGCAUCAUGUUUUUUUAUUUCUAACAAAUAAAGUGAAUUUUUUUCUUUUAUCUUUUUCCUCUACAUAGAUCUUAGUUAAAAAUAGCUUAGGGUUCAGGUCAGAAUUUUCUGUGUUCUUGUUCAAUGAGUUCUGUGCUACAGUUUACACUAUCUCCUGAGAAUGUUUUUAUUUCAGUUCAGUUGUGCGAUAGUUGAGUAGUGUGUAUGAGGCUCUGGGCCCGUCCUAGCACAGGAGAAACAGACAUUCUGAGUAACAAUUUAAAUCUAUGUGAAGACAUUCUCUUCCCAUUUUCCAUUAUAAGCUGCUGAAGGCCAAAACAUCUCUCUUAAUAAGUCAUGUUCAAUAUCUGACAAGAAAAGAUUCUUCUUGGGAAAAGGGGGAAUUUGCUUAGGUUCUUUUUCCAGAUAGGUGAGCCUGCUGGAUUUCUAGUGCUGAGGCCAAUGUUGUAAUGUAGUCUCUUAAAAGAAAUAUUUUUAUUAAUUCACUCUUUAAGAAUCUUGCGUAACGUGUUUGGAUCAUAUUCACCUCACUCCUUCCAGAUCUACCACUACUUUCCUACCUCCAGACUGUGUGUGCGUGCGUGUGCAUGUGUGUUUGUGUGUGUGCGUGUGUGUGCGUGUGUGUGUGUGUGUGUGUGUAUUAUAAUAUAUAAUUAGACUCUAAUUUGUGCUAUCUGUAUUACUCCUGGAUCUGAGGCCACCCACUGGGGAAUGAGGUUUAUCAUAAGCCACACCCUUAAAGAAACUGGCUCCCUCCCACCAUAGCUCCUCAGGGAUGGGGCACGUGGACCUCUUCCCGCUCGUGCUAGAGUGCAGAUUGGCUUGAUCUUAUGCGGGUGCUGUGCAGGCAAAUGUGAGUUCACAAGCGGAUUGGUGCUGCCAACUCCUGAAGACACUGUUUGUACCCUGCUCCUUUUUCCCCAGCCGCUGGCUAUUGUAGUCUUUGGGCCUCUUCCUCUGAGAUGGUCCCCGAGCCUUGGGAGGGUGUGAUAUAGAUGUCACACUUGUGGCUGAGCACAGCACAGACUUUUGCCCUCUGCCCUUUGGCCAGCUGUGAGUUUCUGCAUAGCAUGUUCUCUUCUACAGAUGGAUGCUUGCUCCGGUUUGUUCCUCCAUAGACUUGUGCGAAGGAGGUCUGUUCCUCUGUAGACAUAUGUGCCACUUACUCCCAGCAUGCUUGUUGUUUCCCUUAUGGACACAUUCCAACUCUUUGGCUCCCUGUGCUCUGUCUCCACAAACUACAAAUGCUACUUCUUGCCCCUCAGUUUUUCUUCUUGUGUCUGUAAUAAACGAUAUGGGUAGUUAAAUAUAUUUAUCUUUUGAUAACUGUUGCUAAGCUAAAUGAUUUUCUAUGUUGGGCAUAUUGUCAAAAACAGUAAGAUCAUGUUUUCUUUUUCUUUUCUUUUUUUUGGUUUUUCAAGACAGGGUUUCUCUGUAACUUUAGAGGCUUUCCUGGAACUAGCUCUUGUAGACCAGGCUGGCCUUGAACUCGCAGAGAUCCGCCUGCCUCUGCCUCCCAAGUGCUGGGAUUAAAAGCAUGCGCCACCACCGCCCGGCGAGAUCAUGUUUUCUUAAAGAAGGGAGGUUUUGUAAAAUGGGGAUCAGUGUGUUUUUAACAAAACAAACAGCAUAGACUAGGAAACCAUGGUUAGCAUGUGUAAACUAAGUCUGGGUUUGUUUCCAUCUGUUUCUUGUGUAAGGUGAUGAAGCCAGGGCACAGGUGGUCUGUAACUUGUUAGUGAGUGUGUGAGCCACUUUCGUGUUCGCCCUUCUCAGUGUGUGUCGGGAUUUGGAGCUGCAGGCCAGGUGAUACGUCACCCUUCCAUAUCCGGCUCCAGCCUGGGAGGCUGUGGGAAGGAUAACACAGCAGAUGCCGACCAGGAAGCCAUGGGGGCUGUGUGGCUCUUGGCUGAAAGUCUAUUUAUCUAUGUAUUCUAGUGAAGUAAGGGGAAGCAGAGAACAAAGGCCCUUGUUCAAGAUAAUCCAUUAUUAAUGGAACUGGAGCAACGAUUCUUUUAAGUUCUUUAUAAACCGGAUCAGCUCCUCACAGCACCCAUGCCCUUCUUCCUUCCUGGUCUAACCCUUGCCACACUCACUGCUGUGCCCACAGCCUUGCUACUCACCCAACGCAGUGCCUUUCUGCUCUCGUCCUAGCCAGAAUCAGCAGAUUUAUGUUUUACUCAAUUCUUUCCUCUCCUUGGUGCCUCCUUGUCCCGUUCCCAACACGGUCUCCCCUUGUCCUGACCAUCUUUGUGAGUGGGUGGUGGGGUGGGAGGCAGAUGCUGCUGUGAAUUAGAAAGGGCCAGGGACUCAGAGGCCUGAGUAGCCGCAUUUGCUUCUGAGUUCCGUGCUCAUGGCAAAUUCAUUUGUCUUCUGUGAGCCCUCUUUGUCAUCUUCAAAAAUCUAUCUCACUAGCCGGCGAUGGUGGCGCCCACCUUUAAUCCCAGCACUCGGGAGGCAGAGGCAGGCAGAUCUCUGUGAGUUCGAGGCCAGCCUGGGCUACAAGAACUAGUUUCAGGACAGGCUCCAAAGCUACAGAGAAACCUUGUCUCGAUAAAAACCAAAAAUAAAAUAAAAUAAAAGCCUACUAUCUCACUAAACUUUGUGAGGACCGAACAAAACGAUGCCAGUCAAAGGUGUUUGCUUUGUACAUGUUGGUGGUAAGGUCUUUGCCACUUGAUUACAGUGCUAAACUUUAAUAAUUUUUGCAUAUGAAAUGUGUAUUUUUUAUUAUAAGAAUAUGUAUGAUGCUCAUCUUGAAAACAUUGAGCCAGAUGAAAUGAUAUAAAGGCCAAUUGAUUCUGUUGUGGGACCCAGCAGGAUCAAAUGUGCAGAGAACCAGGGUAGAAUGUAGGUCAGUGGGUUGAGAGAGUGGGUAGCUAGGGGAUGGGAGUUGUUAUUUAACAAGUAUCAAGUUUGUGUCUGGGGAAUGGGUAGUGAUGAUUGUACAACUUUCUGAAUGUAUUUAAUGCACUGAACUCCGCCUCAAACAUGAUUGAAAUGGGAAUAAACACAUGGAAACUGAGAA